AUGGUUAAUAUCUAUACCGAAAAAGACGCCAACCUGUCGAGAUUAGACGGCAAGACUGUCGGAAUCAUCGGCUACGGCAGUCAGGGACACGCCCACGCGCUAAACCUCUACGACAGCGGUGUAAACGUUAUGGUUGGCCUCUACGAAGGUAGCCCCAGCCGUGAAAACGCACGCAACGCCGGCCUUACCGUCGACAGCGUGGCCGAAGUAACCAAAGCAUCUGACGUAAUCAUGGUUGCCGUCCCCGACCACGUGCAGAAGGACGUAUACCGCGACGAGAUUCAACCCAACCUCGGACCCGGCGCCGCUCUCAUGUUCGCCCACGGAUUCACCAUCCACUACGGGUUUGUUGCACCGCCACCCUCCGUGGACGUGCUGAUGAUCGCGCCCAAGGCUCCCGGUCACCGGAUGCGUGAGCAUUUUGUCCAGGAAGGCAUCGGCGUCCCCUGUUUGCUCGCAGUGCAUCAGGAUGCCACCGGCAACGCCAAGGAAAUUGGCCUGGCAUACGCGGCCGGCAUCGGUUGCGCCAAGGCCGGAGUCCUGGAAACCACCUUCAAAGACGAAACCGAAAGCGACCUCUUCGGCGAACAGUCAGUAUUGUGCGGAGGCGUUACGUCGCUCAUCAAUAUGGCUUUCGAAACGCUGGUGGAACGGGGAUAUCCGCCCGAAAUUGCCUACUUCGAAUGCCUCCACGAACUCAAGAUGAUCGUUGACCUCAUCCAGCAGGGCGGGUUCAACUACAUGCGUUAUUCCGUCAGCGACACCGCCGAGUAUGGCGACCUGACCCGCGGCAACCGCGUCAUUGACGAAAACGUCCGCAGCAACAUGCACCGCGUCCUCGACGACAUUCAGAGCGGCGCGUUCGCCAAGGAAUGGAUGUCCGAAUGCGACGAGGGUCGCCACAAUUUCCUGCGGUUGCGCCAGGAAGCCCGCACCAGCCGAAUCCACGAAGUGGGCCGCGGGCUGCGUGAAAUAAUGCCCUGGCUCAAUCCCCGCGAAAUCGAGUGA